AUGAACCCAAGUUUGGCCUCGAUCACCAGCAUGGACGAGAGGACCCCAACCGUGGAGCAUCGGCCCUUCGGAGCUCACAAUACACAGGAACCUGGCUUAGCUCAUCUCAUGAACGACUUGGUCAUCGCUCACUCGUCCUCCGAUAGCUCGCCCGAUCAGGAGGAUUCGGGGGCGUUUCCCAUCCCCGCUCGAGCACCAGCGGCGGGUGGGAGUUGUAGCGACAUGUCGGCUUCUUACCACGAGAUAUUUGAUACCCAAAUGCCGCCCGAAACGGCCUUAACGUCAUUGGAGCGCGAAGAGCAGCAAUUGUUCGUUCCAAGACUGCCCGUCGAUCGACUCGAGCACGACCCCUCCGACCCAGGCCAGAAUCAAACUAGCCACGGCGCUCCGGAGGCGGACCUGGCCAUCGUUCUACCCCGGGAUGACACGGCUAAUGCUACCACCCAAUACCUGACUUCCAAGCUUGUACAAGAUUCACUCCAGUGGCAACAAGAUCAUAAAGACCAACCCAACUUGUCCCCAAUGGAGAGUCCCCGACGACGGCUCCGCCCACUUUCCCAUGCCAACGAUGAGGAUGGCCGCCGGGAUGGCCGACCGAGCACAAUCGAUCCCCUACUUUUGGCCAGUCUCGAGAACGAUGCCCGACUCUUGGCUACUUCUGUGGAUGGAUUGGUGGAGAACCUGUCCGGCAUCCUGCAAAGCAUUUCUGCUCUCACUGUCGAGACCAUCGAAACCUAUCGGGAUGGUGUGUGCAAGACUUGUGACGAGGUGGACAAUAAUAUCAAAUCCAUGUACCAAGUCAUGGCCAAAGUGGAGGAGCUCAACAAAUCCAUGGCCCCGGCUUACAAGUUGGGCGAGCAAUUGAAGGAGAUCAAGCGACUCUUAGAUAUGUACGAAGCCGUGGCUAAUGUCAAACCCUAGUCUUAGUAUGCCAACCCUGUGAUCUCACCAUAAAUGCAUGUUUCUUUUAUGUUCAGUAUAUCGUGUCAAGGUUC